CUUUCACAGAUAUUUUACAGCUUUUAUCAGACACAGAUGACUGGGAAAUGAUGAAUGACUGUGGUUUGAGGUGACAGAAGAGUUCCUGUUUCUGCUGUAUUUAAGGAGACUGCAGACUACAUGCAUCAGAAUAGAUGCUGAGCUCUACACAGCAGUGUUGGGUUUUCCAACAUUUUCUCCUUCAAUAUCCAGGAUGCUACUCUCAUGGAUUGUGAUAAAACAGAGCCUGGAGGAUAUUGGGUCUCUGGCUGUAGAUGUUUUCACCACUGGUAAAAGGGAUGGCUUCAAGAAAACCACAAUCUUCCUCCUCACCUGUUGCUUUUCCAGCUUCCUCAUCAGCUCCCUGCUCUUCCUGUACCUCCUCUACACUCUGGACUAUGAGACAGCGGCGGCUGGGGGGAUCGCUGGCUGCUUUGGGACUCUGCUGACUGUUGCCCUCUUCCUGUCAAAGAGAGUACGAUGCUUGGGGACUCUAUUUGUUAUCUCCAUCUUCAUGAAGAAGAGCCGGAAUCUACUCCUGACCACCGGAACCAGUUUGGUGGUUCUUCGAAAUAUCCGCAACACUUUGGAGAACCUCACAGGCCUGGUUAGGAGCAUGAUUUGCAACCUGAAGGCCAAGAAAGCAUCGAUCACUGCUCCUUUCAGUAACUACAUUAAGAUGUUGAAAUGGCUGGGUAACAUACUCAAAGGGAUUACAGAUCUGGGGGUUGUAAACCUUGACUCCCAGCUCAAGGUUUCACUCAAAGUGGAAUCGGAAGAAUUCAAGGAGAAACUCACUGAGGCAGAGCAAGAGCUGAAUGAAACUGUAAAAUAUGCACAGGCCAUUAUGAAUACAGUGUCCUCUGUGACUGACCGGAUGUUUCCUGCCAUCAGCUUCCUUAUACUCAUGAUGUUUAUAGCCUUACACAUAAAAAGAUACUGCAAUGACAUGAAACACCAAAAUAGCUUCAUUAGCAGCAAGUUCAUUCAUUUUGACGAGAAGCAGAAGGCGGAAGGAAAGCCGCACGUCCUUCCCCUCACACCAAAGGAGGAGAAGCUUUACGCCUCUAUCCCCUCCGCCCGUCCCACCACACGAGAGGGGAAAGCUGUGCUGAAAUUUGGUAUUCCGGUUGUCUCUCAUUUCGUAGCUUGGGUCAUAUUUAUAACCGUGGAUGCCUUACUGUACUAUUUUGUUGAUAUCGUAACAACAAAAUUAUCAGAGAUGGAACCAUUUCAUGUCCCUUUGCUACUGAGCAUCAAAGGGAUUGCAACUUUAAUUGGUAUACAAUUUAGCGAGGAAAGCCAUGAGAAAGAUUUUUCCUACUCUGUGACCCUGUUUGAGAAGAAGUGUCUUCCUAAACCUAAGCUGCUGCUCUAUAACUCUGUGAUUCCACUGGCUGCCAUCCUGCUCACUCUGCUCAUUAUGGCCCUGGUGGCUGCCAAAGCAGCCCAGCUCAGGCUGUUGGUGUGUGAGCAGUUCUUCGCCGCCACUGCAGAGCAGAGGGUGGAGUACCUGCAUGCCAAAAUCCUGAGGAAGAGAUUAAAAAGGAGGAAGGAGAAAACCAAUAACAGCAUCUUUACAACACUAAUCAUUAAGCCACAUUUCUGGUGCCCGCUGCUUUUCCCAUCCAAAGAGGAUCGACAGAGUAUCGUGUGAGGAAAUCAUUCCAACUGCUACGCUAGCAGUGUGGCACUAUCCAGACUGAAAUAUCUCAACAACUAUUGGAUGGAGACAUUCAUGGUUCCUGGUGGAUGAGGUUCCCAGUGGAUGAACCCUUCUGACUUUGGUGAUCCCCUGACUUUUCUUCUGGUGCCAUCAUGAGGUUGACAGUUUUGGUUUAUGGCGAAAUGUCUCGUCAACUACUGGAUGGACUGCCAUAAAAAUGGUGCAGAUAUCCACGGUGGGAUGGGAUGAAUCCUAAUGACUUUGGUGAUCCCUGAUUAUUCCUUAGGCACCACUAUGAGGUUGAUUUAUGGUUUUGAAUGAAAUGUCUCACAACUAUCAGAUGAAUUGCUAUAGAAAUUGGCACACACAUUCAUGUGACCUCCAGAUUGACUCAUGAUAACUUUGAUGGUCCUCUGACUUUUCCUCUAGCGCCAUCAUCAGGUCAAAAUUUGAACUAUUUUGGUUUAUGACCAAAUACCUGCAAAAACUAAUAACAUUCCCAUCAGCCUCAGCUGGUUUAAGUUCUAACAAGCAAAUGUUACCAUCCUAACAUGCUAAGUAAGAUGGUUAACACGACAAACGGUAUGUACACUAAACUUCAGCAUGUUAGCAUUGUCCUUGUGAGCCUCAGCAUACUGAUGUUAGCAUCAUAGCUGUGCCUAUACAGCCUCACAGAGCUGCUAGCAUGCUAGCUGCUAGUU